CCACCGCCCCGACCGACCGAUCUCGGCGCCUCGUGCACUCCGCCGCCGCCGCGCGCCAGAUCCGACCUCAGGUCAGAGUUCAGUUGGAGCUGCGAUGGGUUCAGACAACAUCGGCCCGAGAGAUGUCUGUGUUGUUGGGGUUGCACGCACCCCUAUGGGUGGUUUCCUUGGUGCCCUGUCUUCCCUGCCUGCUACUAAGCUUGGUUCCGUAGCUAUUGAAGCUGCUCUCAAGAGGGCAAAUGUGGAUCCAUCCCUUGUGCAGGAGGUCUUCUUUGGCAAUGUCUUGAGUGCUAACUUGGGGCAGGCUCCUGCGAGACAAGCUGCUCUAGGUGCAGGGAUACCAAACACGGUUGUUUGCAGCACUGUCAACAAAGUCUGCGCAUCUGGCAUGAAAGCAACGAUGUUUGCUGCACAGUCAAUUCAACUGGGCACCAACGAUAUUGUGGUGGCUGGGGGCAUGGAAAGCAUGUCGAAUGCUCCCAAAUACAUUGCUGAGGCUAGAAAAGGUUCUCGUUUCGGACAUGAUAGCCUCAUUGAUGGUAUGCUUAAGGAUGGCCUUUGGGAUGUAUACGGUGAUUAUGCCAUGGGAGUGUGUGCUGAGCUUUGUGCUGACAAUCAUGCUCUGACAAGGGAAGACCAGGAUGCUUUUGCUAUUCAAAGUAAUGAGCGUGGAAUUGCUGCUCGUGACAGUGGCGCCUUUGCAUGGGAGAUUGUUCCGAUUGAAGUUCCUGUUGGCAGAGGGAAACCACCAAUACUUGUUGAGAAAGAUGAGAGCCUUGAUAAGUUUGACCCAGUGAAACUGAGGAAGCUCCGCCCAAGUUUCAAGGAGAAUGCCGGUACUGUUACCGCUGGGAAUGCUUCUAGUAUAAGUGAUGGUGCUGCUGCAUUAGUAUUGGUAAGUGGGCAGAAGGCUCAAGAACUUGGUCUACAAGUCCUUGCAAGGAUCAAAGGAUUUAGUGAUGCGGCUCAAGCUCCUGAGUUAUUUACCACUACCCCGGCGCUUGCCAUACCAAAGGCUCUCGCCCAUGCUGGCUUAGAGUCUUCUUGUGUUGAUUUUUAUGAAAUUAACGAAGCCUUUGCGGCUGUUGCACUUGCAAAUCAAAAGCUUCUUGGGAUUCCUUCAGAAAAGGUUAAUGUACAUGGAGGGGCUGUGUCUUUAGGACACCCUCUUGGAUGCAGUGGUGCUCGCAUUUUGGUCACUCUUCUGGGUGUUCUCAGGGAGAAGGGUGGCAAGAUCGGGGUGGCUGGUGUAUGCAAUGGCGGAGGCGGAGCAUCGGCACUUGUUCUCGAGCUCGCAUAGAAGCCCAUCCAGAUCCUGUAACACCAAUAGUCAUAGUACUUAGAUGCGUUCAUUGAGCUACAAGAUAAAGUUGCAGUGACCCAAUUUCAGGUGCUAAGUUGUCGACAUGUAAAACUGUUUCAUAUCAAAUGCGUUCAUUGAGCUACAAGUUAACAUUGUAGGUUUGAAAUCUUUGGUCCAGUUAUCCAGGACGACCCUGUACUAAGCUUAUUCUAUUUUCUUGGUAGCUGUGGAUGUUACAACUUCAAUAAUUUUUGCAAUAAAGCAUGUUUUUUUC